CUCGAGCAUACAAAUUUUUUUUUAAACCAAUUUAAUUCUCAUCACUAGAGCUGAAAGUGAAAGCCUAACACUUGAAGUAACUUUUGGAUUUUAUUGGCAUGGAUGGUUGGUUUUUAUUUCAAUGUAACCACUUAAUUAAUUAAUUCAGCCUAGAGCUGAGACAGGCCUACGACUACUAAUUUUAAUUUAUAUAAUAAUAAUGGUUCGUUUUCGAAAAACCUUACUUACAGAGUUAAAAACUUAAAACUUUAAAAAGGCUACUAGACUAGAGUCGAGUUGGUGUCAAUUUACUGUAUUUUAAACUUUCAGUUCCUAGUCAUCAUACCUGCAAACAUAUCAGUGAUGCUCAAAUCUUAACUGAUUAACUAACACAUUGAAAAACCCACUGGCGGAAUUAAAUCUAGGUCACAUUUUUUUCAUUUUAGGUGUAUGAAUGUACAAUUUCAGCUGCAGUUUUCUUAAUUAUAAAAAUUUUCUAAUGAUUAAUAAACCAUUUUGUAGGUAAUUGAAUAAUCUAUAAUAUAAACUUAAAACAUUUGUAAAUUUAAGUUUUGUUAGGAAAUUAUUAAUUGUUAAAUUAGUAUUUUCAAUAGAAAAACAAUAAAAAUAUAUAUUAUUGAUGUGCCAACUUACGUAUAAAUUUUAAAUUUCCAAAUAAUUUAAAGACUUUUAUUUGGUUGUUUCCAAAUAGUAUAUCCAAUAAUAAGAAAAAUGCACCAAAGAACACAGAAAUCGAAAAAUAUUUACACUUCCAAUCAAUUAUAUGACUUUAGUAACCCUGUCACUUGUUGCUACGGUAAACAUGUACUAUUUUGUAACCAGAUAGGAAAUUAAAUAAAAACUAAUUAACAUUUAGUUUUUUAAAACAUUCUGCCGAUAGCAUGCGUUUCGAAUAUAAACAUCCGGUGGGUAAAUUAAAAUCUCGAAGCGAAAUGGGAACGGAAUAAUAUAAAUAUUUGACUUAAUUUACUACGAUACUAACAUUGGCGCUACCAGCGGCUCGUGGUAGUUAACCAGUUAAAGGGUGGUGCGAGUCGGGGAAAAUAUUACUUUUUGAGUAUUUCUAUGUUUGGAUUAGGUUGCAAAAACCUUUUUCUAAAAAUUUUAACAAAUGUAAAUUAAUUAUUCAAAGAUAUUAGAAAGUUUUAUCAAAUAAUAUUUUGUUUAGCCUACCCUAUAAAUGGGUAAAAAGUCAUUUUUUAAAUUUAUGUUUUUAAUUUUUACGAAUUUGAUUCAUGUAGGCCUAGUUAAAAUUGCCUGACCAGAUCGUAUUUGGAUUCAACUGAAACUGAAUGCUAUAUUUCCCAGAAUGUAGAUAAAUAUAACUUCCUGUCACUUACGAAAGUUAUCAAACACUUUAAUCGGCGUUGAAUCCAUUUAUUUCAUGAAAUUGGGUUAGAUCUAGCAGUGUGUGCUCUGUAAAUGACUUGAUGUCACCCCCAGAGAUGAUGUCACCCGGUGCUGUCUGCACCCCCUACACCCCUCUCUCUACACCACCGAGUAGAAGUGUUAAUUGACUUAAUUAUUAUUAAAUAUUAUUAUUAUUAUUAUUAGAUUUUAAAUAUUAGCUCGUGAGGCUAUUUAUUAAUAAUUAUAUGUAGGCCUACCAUUAGCCAUUAUCCUUAACAAACGGAUGGUGCAUAUUUCAAUUUUUAGAGACCAAGUGUCAAGUGUCCGAAAUGCAACCAAAGCCCACCAGAAUUCUCACAACCCUCGUCCAUGCAUUUACAUCCUACAUUUGUCUUAAACGAAAAACUCUAUAACAGAGAUUUGAGCAAUACAAACAUCUUGUUGAAAGUUUGGCACAAGAUUUUCAUUUGCUGUUCUUUUGCACAAUAAAUGUGAUCUUUGCUUUCAUGCUGACAGAGAUGUCUCUGUCCAAAGACCCAUAAAUGCCAUUGUUCACCACCUGUGCCCUUAUAGCUGCUUUAUUAUCCAUAACGCGAAAUAAAAUAUAGACUUAAAAAGUAGGCCUAGUAAAAGUAAAAUCACAAUAAUAGAGUAGAUAGGCCCUACUAAUACUAAUACUAAUAACUAUAAUAAUAUGACAUGUCUUUUAAGUAUGUAGGCCCUGAUCUGAUUAAUUUGAGUUUAAAUUAAAAGCUAGAGACAGAAGUAAUGUUAAUCCGCUGAAAGCUGCAGUAAUUCAGAGUUUAAGUUGAUGCUAUCUUUAACUCAAAUCAUCAUCACUGGCACAACAGCCAUGAAGGGCUACAUCACUUUAUCCGACUCAACAUCAUCAAAUCUGCAUCAGUCGACCACAUCAUCAAUCUGCAUCAGUUUUUGUCUGUUUAAAGCAAUGGGAGAAGCCGUGAACUACUAAUAUAAUAACUGAAACUUAUUGGCUUGCUUAUGAAAUCAUAAAUUGAUUAUACCUUUUUAAUGAUACAUUUUUUAGAUUUUAAGAAAGAACUAGCUGAAGUGGAGCAGGAGUUGGCUGUUUUGGAAGUAGAACUGCAAGAGUUGUUGGAAAGACAGACAAUUCUUCUGGACAAAAGAAGAGAGUUAAGGUUAAUUCUUGAACACCGUGAGGCUGAUAAGAAACAGGUGAAAGACGUUCAUUGGGAAGGAACAGGUAGGGAAGAUAAAGCAGUUCAAAGAAAAAUGACAGAAGUUAAACUGUCAUUGAUCACCCUAGUGAAUCAAAUAUUACCCAAGUUAAACUAAUGUCUCAUUGAUCACCCUAGUGAAUCAAAUAUUACCUAAGUUAAACUAAUGUCUCAUUGAUCACCCUAGUGAAUCAAAUAUUACCUAAGUUAAACUAAUGUCUCAUUGAUCACCCUAGUGAAUCAAAUAUUACCUAAGUUAAACUAAUGUCUCAUUCAUCAUCCUAGUGAAUCAAAUAUUACCUAAGUUAAACUAAUGUCUCAUUGAUCACCCUAGUGAAUCAAAUAUUACCUAAGUUAAACUAAUGUCUCAUUGAUCACCCUAGUGAAUCAAAUAUUACCUAAGUUAAACUAAUGUCUCAUUGAUCACCCUAGUGAAUCAAAUAUUACCUAAGUUAAACUAAUGUCUCAUUGAUCACCCUAGUGAAUCAAAUAUUACCUAAGUUAAACUAAUGUCUCAUUCAUCAUCCUAGUGAAUCAAAUAUUACCUAAGUUAAACUAAUGUCUCAUUGAUCACCCUAGUGAAUCAAAUAUUACCUAAGUUAAACUAAUGUCUCAUUGAUCACCCUAGUGAAUCAAAUAUUACCUAAGUUAAACUAAUGUCUCAUUCAUCAUCCUAGUGAAUCAAAUAUUACCUAAGUUAAACUAAUGUCUCAUUGAUCACCCUAGUGAAUCAAAUAUUACCUAAGUUAAACUAAUGUCUCAUUGAUCACCCUAGUGAAUCAAAUAUUACCUAAGUUAAACUAAUGUCUCAUUCAUCAUCCUAGUGAAUCAAAUAUUACCUAAGUUAAACUAAUGUCUCAUUGAUCACCCUAGUGAAUCAAAUAUUACCUAAGUUAAACUAAUGUCUCAUUGAUCACCCUAGUGAAUCAAAUAUUACCUAAGUUAAACUAAUGUCUCAUUGAUCACCCUAGUGAAUCAAAUAUUACCUAAGUUAAACUAAUGUCUCAUUGAUCACCCUAGUGAAUCAAAUAUUACCUAAGUUAAACUAAUGUCUCAUUGAUCACCCUAGUGAAUCAAAUAUUACCUAAGUUAAACUAAUGUCUCAUUGAUCACCCUAGUAAAUCAAAUAUUACCCAAGUUAAACUAGUGUUUAAUUGAAUCACCUUAGUGAAUCAAAUUGCAGGCUGAUCACCCAAGAAAUGGCCUUGACAUAGUAAGCAUGGAAAUAUUAAAAUUAGAGGGGAAUAGUUAUUUUCUGUUUUAUCAAACAAAUAAUUCAAUCCACUGCUACUGGUUCAAAUAAAUAAGAAUGUAGAGCCUUCAUUGAUUUGUCUUUUUUUAAAUUCUUAAUUAUAGAAUUGUUCAGUUCAAUUGGUGACUGUAUCUUACAUUUAAUUGGUCAGCUAAAAGACAACUAACCUGCUUGUUUCAGAUUUUCCAUGGACAUCAGAUUUAGAUGAGAAGCUUCAUUCUGUCUUUAAAAUAAAAGAGCUGCGCCCCAUGCAGCGCCAGACAAUGAACGCCACUCUUGCCAAAGAAGAUUGCCUGUUAAUAAUGCCAACUGGCGGUGGCAAGAGUCUUUGCUUCCAGCUACCCGCACUUGUUGACAAAGGCAUGUCAUGUUUUACUUUCAGACUUUGUAAAGCUAGAAACUAUUUUAUAGUCUUCUUAGUGAAAUAAAUAUAAGAAAGGUGAAAAUUGUCACCUGUGUCAUGUGACAAAUGCCAUCUGUGUCAUGUGACAAAUGUCAUCUGUGUCAUGUGACAAAUGUCAUCUGUGUCAUGUGACAAACAUCAUCUGUAUCAUGUGAUACAAGUUUUUUUUUUUUUUUAAAUCUUAAUUCUUAAGGAACAUUUUGUUAACAGCCCUCUUGCCCAGACGUUACCGAUAACUAAAUGUCACCAAAAUGCCCAGACGGUACCGAUAACUAAAUGUCACCAAAAUGCCCAGAUGGUAUCGAUAACUAAAUAUCAGCAAAAUGCCCAGACGGUAUCUAUAACUAAAUAUCAGCUAAAUGCCCAGACGGUAUCUAUAACUAAAUAUCAGCAAAAUACCUAGACGGUAUCGAUAACUAAAUAUGAGGAAAAUGCCCGGACGGUAUCGAUAACUAAAUAUCAGCAAAAUGCCCAGACAGUAUCAAUAACUAAAUAUCAGCAAUGGCAUCAUGUAAAACAGUAAUAUUGUUAUUUAUUUAAUGAAAUGUAUUUAAAGAAUAGAAACUUCUUUUUUUAAACCCAGAUUCCCUGAAUAAUUUAAGAUUAAAAUAAACAGUUUGAAGAAUAUUUGAUUUCUUAAUGAAAAUAAAUAUUCAGAGAAAUAAAAGUUUGAAAACCCUUGCUUCAUAGCAUUGUGCAUCACUAAAAUAAGUGUGUGUGUUUUUUCUGUUGUACUAGGGCUAACUCUGGUUGUCUCUCCUUUGGUUUCCCUCAUGGAAGACCAACAGAUGGCGCUUGAAGAACUUGGUAUAUCUUCUGCAAUUUUAAAUGCCUCAGUGGGCAAAGAAAGAGAAAAAUAUGUCCAGGCAAGAUUUAUCUUUAUUGUGGUCACCCUUUCAUUUUCUACAUAUAAGAAGGUUAUAAUAAAGAUUAUUAAUUUAUCCCAGUGAAUACAGUUAAUGUUUUCACAUGUAGCUUACUUUAGCUGCACAAAUUUAAUGUUUCCACAUACAGACAACUUAAGCUGCACAUUUUUGAUUCAACAUAUUUCUAUCAAAUAGCAGCACUGAAAUAAAUAUGUUUGUUUUUGUUUAGGACGACAUGGUAAACCCUAAAGGAAAACUGCGCCUGCUCUAUGUAACACCAGAAAAGUUAGCAAAAAGCAAGCGGUUCAUGAAUCGUCUUGAAAAGUGCUAUGGUAUUAAUCACCUGGCUCGAAUCGUCAUUGAUGAAGUUCACUGCUGUUCACAAUGGGGUCAUGACUUUAGACCAGGUAUUUUAAAUUCUUGUCAUUGUAAAGUAAUUCUCUAAAUAUCAUACCCAGUAGCUUGGAUGAGUGUAACUAGUGGCUUACAUCGUUAUAACUAUUGGCUUACAUCGUUAUAACUAUUGGCUUACAUCGUUAUAACUAUUGGCUUACAUUAGUAUAAUGAUUUUGGUUUACAUUAGUAUAACUCUUACCUUACACAGACCUGUUUACUCUUACGAUUUUGGCAUACAAUGAACGAUUUUGAGGUGUAUAGAUUGUAUAUACUAUAUCUUUAUUUUUUACUAUAAAUAUAACGUAUUGAAACUGAAACAUUUUUGUGAUGAUGUACGAUUUUAAGAGUUUGAGGGUAAACAGGUCUGCUUACAUCAUUAUAACUAUUGACUUACAUUAGUAUAACUAUAAGGUGGGUGGUCGAGUGGUCUUAACUGAGCAAAAUCUCAAGUUGGUGGUCUGCAGUUCAAUUCCAGCCAAAGGCCAGUUAAGCAAAAACAUCACCAGCACCCCGGGUGGAUGGACUCGUUAACCUUGGAUGGCAACUCAUCUAAGAGAAGGAAACUCUGAAUUCAAACCCGGAGAUGGAGUCCCGUAGGCGGGAUAACAUUGGUACAAUGGAACAUUGCGACAACUCCUGCGACACCACUGGUGUUAAGCUGUAUCAUCCAAAUGAUGUUCCCUUGGGUUAUCCAGUGGCGUGGAGAAAGGCGAUUUGCUGUUGGGAACCAGCUUAUAAUCCUUGAAGAAUAAUCCCAGGCCUUGUGGAUUUUGUCCUGCAAAGUUCGCACCAUCGUCACAUUGUGACGGACGGAUGCCAGCAAGCUUACAUUAGUAUAACUAUUGGCUUACAUUAGCAAAAUGAUUGGUCUGCAUUAGUAUGACUAUUAGUGUACAACAGCUUUUUCCCUUUUUUCCACAGUGGUAAAAAGGGCAUCUUCAAUAUUUAGGAUUUUUUAAUUUUUUUUUUUACAUGUUUCAAGGUUUUAAUUUUGUUUAGUGUUUUAGUCUCAUGCGCCCAGUUGAAAGUUAACUUAACAUCAGUUACAUUAAAAUUUUAUUUCAUUUUUACCCCCAGUUACAUUUAAUUUUGUCAAUGACGUAUAUUUCUUUGUCUACAGAUUACAAGUUUUUAGGAAUUAUGAAACGUCAAUUUCCCAAUUCCCCAAUAAUUGGUUUAACAGCAACAGCCACCGUCAGUGUUCUUGAAGAUGUUAAGAAAAUAUUAAAUAUACCCAAAGCUGUCUUGUUCAGAGCCUCAUUCAACAGACCUAAUUUGUAUUAUGAGGUAAGUAUCUCUUGUACUGGAUUUAUAAAUCAAAAAUAAAAUAACAACUUUUAAAUGGACUUGAUUGGAUGGGAUUAAUUAAUUUCAGUUGUUAACACUCAUCAUAUCAACUCUCUGCUUGAUAGCAACACAUUUGGGAAUUCUUAAACAAUCAAAAUUUGUUCCAACCUUCAUUUCAAGUUUUGUUUUCUUGUUGAUACCUUUAUCAUGAAUAUGCAACAAAGUAAAUGUGCGUUUAAAAAUAACAUUUUAAAAAAUUCAAAUCCCAAUUUACUGUUGAGUACAUCUUUUCAAUUCAUUCCUAGGUUCAAAACAAACCUUCCACGGCUAAAGACACAAUGGACGCCAUACACCGACUAAUAAAUCGUCGUUUCAAAGGCCAGUCAGGUAGGAUUGUUCUCCUCGAUGAUCAACUUAGUGUUUUUCAGACUUGCUCAUUAAAAUUUCUGUGCAUUAUGGCUAGGCUCCCCCAACACCCCCCCACUCCCAACUCCAUGCAAUAUUUGCCUACAGCAGCUGGCGUGUAGAGUGGACUCGUGUACACUUCAAGUUACACACGGGUCAAACAAUCAAAUCAUUUACUCCCUACCAAUGAGACUUGACUACACAAAUAUACAAAUUAGGUUUGACCUAUUCAAAUAAUAGUUUCAAAUUACUGAAACAGAUCAAAGGAAUGAUUUAUAAUUUAUUAUUAUUAUUAUUAUUACAGUAGUCUUAUAUAGAGCGGUACCACAGCCUAGGGCUGGACUCACUGCGCUGCAGAUAAAAAUAUUAGCAAAGAUAACCAUGACAUUAAAAAAUAACCUACAUUUAUUUAAUUUAAAAAAAAACAACUGUAUAACAACAAAACAAAAACAAACCUAUAUUGACUCCACCCAUAUUGACUCCACCCAUAUUGACUCCACCCAUAUUGACUCCACCCAUAUUGACUCCACCCAUAUUGACUCCACCCAUAUUGACUCCACCCAUAUUGACUCCACCCAUUCCAAAACUAUUGACAUGUCAAGUGAAUGAAAUAGUGAAUAGAGGUAUGUGGAAGCUUGAAAUAAGGUAACAGGACAAAAAACAAGGACGUUUCGGCAUAAAGCCUUCCUCAGCCAACAAUAGAAAUGAAAAUACAACAAAGAAAAGAACACAGUAGAAAACUCAAGCAGUAUUCAUUCGUCUCUCCGGAAGUGGGAAAACAGGAAGCGAAGGGGGGUGGGGGGUGGGGGGGGGGGGUGGGGGGGGGGGGGGGGGGGGGGGGGAGGCUCAGUCAGAGUUUAAAAAGAUGUGUUUUGAGUGCAGAUUUGAAGGUUGUGAUGGUCAGUAUCUUGCGAAUGUGUAAUGGAAGAGAAUUCCAUUGUUUAGGGGCACAGGAAGGGAAAUAUCCCUCACCGUAUGUUUUUGUGCGUGUCUUGGGAACAGAAAGAAUAUGUGUGUCUGCGGAGGAGCAAAGCUGCCGAUGGGAUGAAUAGACAGAGAGAAGUUCAGUUAGAUAGUAAGGGCAGGAAUCCGAGAAAAAGUUGUGGUAGAGAACAGAGAGUUUGUAGUCAAUCCGUGCUUGUAAAGGGAGCCAAUGAAGUAAAUGAAGUAGUGGUGUAACGUGAUCACGUUUUUUUGCCUUUUGAAUUAACCUAGCGGCUAAGUUUUGAACCUUUUGUAAUUUUUCUAAGAAAUGUUUUGGUGAACCUGAUAGAAAAGAGUUACAAUAGUCAAGAUGAGAGAGAACAAGAGCACAGACUAGGGUUUUUGUUGCACUGUGAGAUAGUGGCGGAUGGAGCUGAUCUGACGAAUAGCGGUGUAUGCAGAGCGACAUAUGUGAGAGAUAUGAUUAUUGAAAGACAUGUUGUUAGAAAGAAUAUAACCAAGAUUCCUAGCAGAGAAUACAUACUGUAUAUCGGAGUUACCUAAGUGAAAUAAAGUGGGGAGAGCUAAGUUAGAGGAUGAAUUGUGAUUGAGAAGUGCUCCCGUUUUGUCAUCGUUAAGCUUCAACUUGCUGAGUGUCAUCAAUAACUUGACAUCACCAAUGCUCUCCCGCAAUUUCUGAACAGUGGAAUUGACAAGAGAGCUUUUAUGCUUGUAUAUCAGCAUGUCAUCUGUGAAUGACUGGCUCUCAACAGCAUGUCAUCUGGGAAUGACUGGCUCUCAACAGCAUGCCUCUUAAGCAAGAGGAGCAGUGGCCUGGUAUACAAUGUGAAUAGAACCGGGCCAAAACGGACCCUUGUGGCACUCCGUACACCAAGUCAGCACUGCCGGAGAGACAGCCAUUGACAGCGACCACCUGCGUUCUGUCGGAGAGGUAUGAACUAAACUAAGCCAAAACUGGACCAGAAAUUCCAAAGUAAUUUUCAAGAGGUUCGUAAAGGGUUUCUUGGUCAACAGUGUCAAAGGCCGCACUGAGAUCUAAGAGGAUCAGGAUGGAGAUAACACGGCUGUCCAAUGCAAGCAAGAGGUCAUUGGUGACUCUUAAGAGAGCUGUCUCAGUGCUAUGGAAAUGUCUAUACGCCGACUGAUUAGGACUGAGAAGAGAGUGGUCGUUUAAGUAACCAAAAAUUUGUUUUAGAACUAGUUUUUCAAUAACUAUAGAUACAAAUAAUAAGUUAGAUACAGGUCUAUAGUUUUUUAAAUUAAUUUCAUCCAGACCAGGCUUCUUAAGCAAUGGUUUGAUGACAGCUGACUUACAAAGAAGGGGAACAGUGCCAGAAGACAGGUGUUACAGGAAUUAUUUACUCCCUACCAAUGAGACAUUGCAGAUCAAAGUAGCAAAAAUUAAAAUGAAUGUUUUACAAUAUCCAAUGUUUCAGGAAUUAUUUACUGCUUUUCACGGAAAGACUCAGAGGAAGUGGCCAGCGACCUUAUGUCUCGAAACAUCAAAGCUGGUUGCUACCAUGCAGAUAUGGAUCCCAAAUCACGCAGUCAAGUUCAUCGGAAGUGGUUGUCAGGGGAUAUUCACGUAAAUAUUACUUAGACAUAUAGAUCAUUGGAAAAUGUAUGAUAUGUAUGUCCUAAUACUGAAAUGGGGUGACUUUGCCUCAAGGGGUGAGUUUGCCUAUUAAAAACUUGUAUUGAGAAAGUUGUUCCUCAUGAUUUUCAAGAGUUCUUUCCCCUAAUUUGUGAACUUCCUACGUAAGCAGACAUGUUGCUUUAUGUGGUUUCGCUUUCCUUACCAUGCCAAACCAUAAGAUUUGACAGUUUGAGCUCUUAGACUCAGGACAUAGAUAUUUUGCUGAUUUAUGGUGAGUUUAAACUUUCCUUUUAAGGUAUUAUAAUUUAUUUCCCUAUGCAUUUAAUUUGUUGAAAUUUCAGUGAUUAAAAAAAAAUAAGGUUCAUUAUUUUGUUGGUUAAGUUCAAGUUGAAUAAAUCGUUACCCAGUAUUGCUUUUCUUUCACAGCCGGGGGCAAAGUCACCCCACGGACUGAUGCAUUCAUUUUUUUUAUUGAUUUCUCUAUUUGUUCUUGUUUUUCCAGAUGAUGAUAAUAAUGCCAUGACUUGACAAGAUAAUUCCUAUUAAAAGAAGCUAGAGAGUGAGGCUGUAUUGAAGACACUCAGCUUAAUGAUAAGUGUGAAUUGUACAAGAUAAUCUACUACCAGGCCUAUAGAAGUCAUCUAUAAGUGAAAGACACCAUUGAUUUAAUAACUCUUUGAACUUAGUCAAUGUUACUGUGGCCACAAGAAAACAACUGGAGGGCAAGGUCUUUGCCAGAAGAAUGAAAGUCAACUUAGUAAAGCACCUAAAGACAUUAUCAGAUAUCGGAAUGCCUCAACUAGAAACAAUUAAGAUUUUGGCCUAAAUUUUUUUAUUGUGGACCAAUCUUGAUGGCGGCAAAAUUGCAGUGAAACGAUUCACGGAUAACAAUCUUCGAGAUGACUUGAUGAAUGGAUUUUGUACAACGAGAUGAGGAUGUUAUGUGCCGAAGAUAUAAGCUGAGAUAAUAUGGAAAGACAUAAUUACAGUUACAGUCUACUGUGACAAAUUCACAAAUUCAAGUUUUCAUUAGAUGGAAUAAAUGCGAAAACCUAUAACGAAAGGUUUGCCUCGAAAGGAUAGAUCACAGAGAAUCAUUUUUUAUGUGCACUGGUGUUGAUAUUUUCUUCCAACCUUUCAUUACAAUAAAAUAUCAUGAUCAAACAGUAAAGACAGGUUGAAAAAUCUGAAGAAACCUUAAUUAUCAACUUAACCUGAUCAAAGUAUGACUUAAUUCAGCUAUAACAACAAAGUGCAGGUACCUGCUCUGUACAUUAGCCCCUUUGUGUUAGUUUUUAGAUCAGUUAACAUUUGAAAUGUAUGCUUAAAGGCCAAAAAGUGAAAGUUCGGACGAUUUAGACCUAGGCCUAGAACGUGUAGGCGUUGCCGCAACAACAGGACUUGUUCAAAACUAUGUUGCAGAUGAUUGUGCACCAACAAAAAAAUAAAAAUAAUUGGAUGUUGUUCUAUAUAUGUUUUCUUUUAUUUCAUUUGAUGGAUUAAAUAUUGAUAUAGCAGCUUUUUACAUUUUAUCUGUUUCUUGCUAUUUAGUAAUGUUUGUAUUGUUUAUGUCGUGCUUUGUCGUAUCAGAAGAAUUUGUUGUUUUUUUUAAUCUAUUUAUAGCUAAAACAUAUACAAAUAACACAUUUUCUGAAAGAUAAAUACAAAUGCUAUCAUAUUAAAUAAACAUUAUAGUAAUAUGCCUUUUAAAAAUUGUAGUUUGAGGUUGAAAAGAAAUCUUUUCAUUAUUUUCUUUAUUCUUAGCCACUCAGUCUAAUGUCAAUAAAUAUAUACUUUAUGGGGGUCUUGCUAGAGUAGGUGCAUGAAAGCUGAAAAAAUAACAUGGACAGUUGGUGGGUUAAUACAUCUGUUUCUAGGAUUGAUUCAUUGCAAACACAAUAGUACACAAGAAAGAUGAACCAUUCAGUGGCCAGGUUUGAUUCAUAAAUGGCUAUUUCAGAUCGUUGUGGCAACCGUUGCAUUUGGAAUGGGGAUUGACAAGCCAGAUGUCAGAUUUGUUAUCCAUCACAGCAUCAGCAAGUCCAUGGAGAACCUGUAUCAGGAGAGUGGACGUGCAGGUCAGUUCGACUGUUGUCAUGGACUCUGCUCAUUGAAACAACGGAGAGUUUUGCUGAGCCCUAGUCUAACUAAUUAGUACCGGUAUGAUUUAAUUAGCCAGCAGGCAUGCAUUUACCAACUGCUGAUUGAAGCAAUUGCCUAGGCAACCAAUUCUGUCUAUGGGCCGAUUCUGUGGGAGAGACUACAGGAUCACAUUUAUGUAUUGUUUCCUUUUUUUUUUUUUUUUUUUUUUUUUUUUUUUUUUUUUUUUAUUUUUUCUUUUUUUUUUGUAAAAUGUGCCUGGAAACAAUAGAAAUUAAAACUCAAAGGCUAUUCACGUCAAUGCUAUUAAAUACAGUCCUGAUUUUAUACGUCCUUGCAUUCUUGAAGGCAGAGACGGUCAAAGAUCUGACUGUAUAGUUUUCUACAGACUGGCUGAUGUCAUGAGGCAGAGCUCCAUGGUCUUCACAGAGCAGACUGGCCUAGGCAAUCUGCAUGGCAUUGUCAAGUACUGCAUUGAUGUCAGCCGGUAUGUCAUCAGCAAAUUUUUCUUCAUUAAUUUUGUUUUAACUGAUGUUAUCAAAGAGAAGACUAACUAAUUGAUGUCAUCUAAGAGAAGAUUAACUAAUUGAUGUCAUCUAAGAGAAGAUUAACUAAUUGAUGUCAUCAAACAGAAGAUUAAUUAAUUGAUGUCAUCAAAGAGAAGAUUAAUUUAUGUCAUCAGAGAGAAGAUUAAAUAAUUCUUAUUUUAUUCUUAUUUAAUUCUUAUCUUAUUUAUUUAGAUAAUUAUUCCUUCAAGGCAGGUAGGCAGUCAGUGACAAAGUAUACAUUGCAUGAGUAAGAAAGAGUUGAUGGUUGAUUUUGUUUGAGCAGAAACGUUUGCAAGAAAUGGGAGAAAACUUAAGGACCUAAUAAGAACAAUUUAGACAGUAACUCAAGCUUUCUAUUCCAGAGUCCGGUGGCCAGGUCGGUGGGCAAGUCUCGAACGUGCUUUAUUUAUGAAGCAAAAUAAAACAAUGGUGUCCACUAAUUAUUUUGUGCUAAGCUGACGUGUCAUUAUGUUUGUUGAAAACAUUUGCAUUUCUUUAGCUGUCGCCGCUCUAUUAUAGCUCUUCAUUUUGGUGAGGUGUGGGACUGUUCUCAGUGUGACGGCAUGUGCGACCAUUGUGACAACCAAAAGAACAGGGGUAUGCAGAAUUUUAAACAUUUGUUUAUGUGCCUCUCAUACUAAUAGUGGAAAUUUUUUUCUUUGCAUUAAUUUUUAUUUUUAAAAAAAAGAUGGCGGUUGAUUAUUAAAACACAACUGAUCCAAGUUUGAAAACCUUUUUGAAAAUAAGUAACCGGGAAAAUAAAAAUUAAAAUGUUAUAAAUGUGUUGACUUGCAAUGGUAAUAUUGAAAGUAUCAUAUCAAAUUCAAUGUGACUUAUAGUUUUAGCUUGCUAUGGUAAUAUUGAAAGUAUCAUUUGAUUAUUUCUUUUACCUUUUUUAAAUAAUAGUUUUAUGAAUAAAUCACUUGAUUAAAUAACCGAAUGAAAUGACCCAAUGAAAUGACUUUAUGAAAUGACCCGAUGAAAUGACUUGAGACAUGAGUUAAAAUUUUGGUUGUAAAAAAUUUAACAUUAUUUAUUUUGAUGUUACAGGAACUUGUGCAAUGAAAGAAGAUGUCACUCAUUACUGUCGGGAUGUUAUCACAAUUUUGGAUGCCGCGGCUUCUACGGAACAACGUGUCACCUUUGUGAAAUUGCUUGAGGCUUUAUAUGGUCGGGGAGCUUCAAGCCUCAAGGUGUUCUUAAUGUUUAGAGCAGAGGUUCUCAAGCUGUGGGUCACGACCCCUUUGGGGAUCAAAUGACCCUUACAUAGGGGUCGCCUAAGACCAUCUAAAAACAUAUUUGGGAUGUUGCAACGAAAAUAAUUUUAUGGUUGGGGGUCACCAGAACAUAAGUAACUGUAUCAAACGGUCGAGGCUUUAGGAAGGUUGAGAACCACUGUUUUAAAGCUUUCCAGAAAUUCUGGCUUAUCAUUCUUUUGUAAGCUUAGAAAUGGGAGAUCAUUCCUGACAGCAAGCUUAGAAAUGGGAGAUCAUUCCUGACAGCGUUUCUUUGUAAGUGUGAGUUGUUUAAGAGAUUACAGGCUAAGAAACAGACGACACAAAAAAAAACCAACUAAGUAUAAAGAGACAAUGCAACACACAUUAUUUUAGAAUCCUCAAUGAAUCAGUUGCCGUUUCAAUGUUUAUUUUAGGUGAAAUCCGUCUCCGUCCCAACAAUGGAUAAAAACCAGGCCGAGAGGAUUCUAGCUCACAUGUUGGUCAGCGGUUACCUUCAGGAAGACUUUCACUUUACAGCAUAUAGUACCGUUUGUUACAUUCUGCCAGGUGGGUUGGUGUGUUUGUUACAUUCUGUCAGGUGAGUUGGUGUGUUUGUUACAUUCUGCCAGGUGGGUUGAUGUGUUUGUUACAUUCUGCCAGGUGGGUUGGUGUGUUUGUUACACUCUGCCAGGUGGGUUGAUGUGUUUGUUACAUUCUGCCAGGUGGGUUGGUGUGUUUGUUACAUUCUGCCAGGUGGGUUGAUGUGUUUGUUACAUUCUGCCAGUUGGGUUGAUGUGUUUGUUACAUUCUGCCAGGUGGGUUGGUGUGUUUGUUACAUUCUGCCAGGUGGGUUGAUGUGUUUGUUACAUUCUGCCAGGUGGGUUGAUGUGUUUGUUACAUUCUGCCAGGUGGGUUGAUGUGUUUGUUACAUUCUGCCAGGUGGGUUGGUGUGUUUGUUACAUUCUGCCAGGUGGGUUGAUGUGUUUGUUACAUUCUGCCAGUUGGGUUGAUGUGUUUGUUACAUUCUGCCAGGUGGGUUGGUGUGUUUGUUACAUUCUGCCAGGUGGGUUGAUGUGUUUGUUACAUUCUGCCAGGUGGGUUGAUGUGUUUGUUACAUUCUGCCAGGUGGGUUGGUGUGUUUGUUACAUUCUGCCAGGUGGGUUGGUGUAAUUGUUACAUUCAACCAGGUUGGUUGCUGCAACUGUUUGUUACAUUCUGCCAGGUGGGUUGGUGUAAUUGUUACAUUCAACCAGGUUGGUUGCUGCAACUGUUUGUUACAUUCUGCCAGGUGGGUUGGUGUUAUUGUUACAUUCAACCAGGUUGGUUGCUGCAACUGUUUGUUACAUUCUGCCAGGUGGGUUGGUGUUAUUGUUACAUUCAACCAGGUUGGUUGCUGCAACUGUUUGUUACAUUCUGCCAGGUUGGUUGGUGUUAUUGUUACAUUCAACCAGGUUGGUUGCUGCAACUGUUUGUUAGAUUCUGCCAGGUGGGUUGGUGUAAUUGUUACAUUCAACCAGGUUGGUUGCUGCAACUGUUUGUUACAUUCUGCCAGGUUGGUUGGUGUAAUUGUUCAUCUUAUUAACACCAUAAAUGGUCAUGAGAUUGACAUUGCAAUUCAUGUGGUCCAAAGCCUAAGGAUGUUCAAGAAAUACAUAUAAUAGGUUUAUAGUUUUAUUAAAUUAUUUUUUAUAAUUGCUUUUAUUUUCAGUUAUGUAAUUAGACUUUCAAAUCGGCUUCAGGACAUUUAAAAAAAAUUUGUUAAUCACUGUUAAGGUUUUACAUUUGUUAUUUGCCACUAAGACUCCUUGCUCUUAUUCAGGACCGAAGGCCAAGUUACUGCGUAACAACAUAGCCAGAGUUUGUUUAGAUGUCAAUGCAGUGGGUGGCGCUACAAAAUCUUCCAACUCUGCCUCUUCAACCAAUUUAUCGUCAACAUCUCAGACAAAAAGUUGUAGAAAGUUAAACUCGGAGUCUUCGAACUCUUUAACUUUAAAAAUAGCUCAACGGAGUUCUAAAACAUCGGCCCCUGACAAGCUUUCUUUGAAAAGACUUGAUUCCCUCCAUGAUCCCACGGCAUCGUCAUCUUCAAAAACAAUACUAUCUUUAAAAAAGUCAAAACACACUGCCAAGUCUGCAUCAUCAACCAAGCCUGAGUCAUCAACCAAGUCUGAAACGCUUGGCGGCAGACUCUCCUUUGACUCUGAUCUCAGCUUUGCUGAUGAAGAUGAGGGCAAAGCCAAGUCAGAGAAUGUGUUGUGUGUUGACACUGUGAACAGUGACCAAGUGAGUGGGGUUAAAAAAGGCGCGGAGAAAAGAAGACAUACAGCAAUGAUUGAUGAAUCAGAUGAGGGCAGGGCCGAUAAACCACAAAAGAAAAUACGAAGGGAGAGAAUGAUCACUUAUAACUCUGAAACAGAGGAUGGUAGUGCUGAACAAAAGAGUUCCAUUGUUAUUAGUGACGAUGAUUUCGUCUCUUAAUUUUAUUGGCCUGAUACUUUCCUGUACAUGAACUUCAUGUUGCCACUUGGUUCUUCAUUUGCAGUCAAUGACAUGACAUGACUGGACACCAGAAACUGUACACUCAUCCUCUUUUAUUACAACUAAAUUUCAAUUUGAAAUAUUCAGGGAAAUAAAUGACUAAUUUUUUUUUAAUUUGUUCCAUCAAAUUUAUUGAC